CGGUAAGAGAAACGCAUCGUCACUUUUUCCCACUUCACUCUCAUCUUCUUUUCAUUCGACUCGUAAACAAGAGGAAGAAUCAGAUCUCGCAAUGGCUGGAAAACAGCAGAAUAAUCACCCUCGUACUCCCCUCAGAUUCAGAUCCAAAACCCUAAUCCUCACACUCAUCAUCACCUCCUUCUCUCUACUCCUCAUCCUCUACACCUUCCCUUCCUCCGCUCCCUCUCCGAACCCAACCGAGACCUCCUUCGUCGCCUCCCUCGAGCAAUUUCUGAUCCACAAGUCCCCGAAGCUCACUUCACCAUCGAGAGAUGACACGGUUCAUAGCGAAAACGACGAUGAAGAUCUGAAGAAGCUCGAUGAGAAGGUGUUUGAGAGAGAGAAUCGGUUGUUAAACGAAGAUCCGGUUUACCCGGUCGGAUCUCCGGUUAAGGUCUACGUGUACGAGAUGCCGAAGAAGUUCACCUUCGAUCUUCUCUGGCUGUUUCACAAUACUUACAAGGAGACUUCGAACGCUACCUCUAACGGUAGCCCUGUGCAUCGCUUAAUCGAACAGCAUUCUAUUGAUUAUUGGCUAUGGGCUGAUCUGAUCUCACCCGAAUCCGAGAGGCGUUUGAAGAGUGUUGUGAGGGUUUAUAAGCAGGAGGAUGCGGAUUUUUACUAUGUUCCGUUUUUCACAACAAUCAGUUUCUUCUUGUUGGAGAAGCAGCAAUGCAAAGCACUAUAUAGGGAAGCUUUGAAGUGGGUGACUGAUCAGCCUGCUUGGAAAAGAUCUGAGGGAAGGGAUCAUAUAUUUCCUAUUCACCAUCCUUGGUCUUUUAAGACCGUUCGCAAAUUUGUGAAGAAUGCAAUCUGGCUUUUACCAGAUAUGGACUCUACUGGGAACUGGUAUAAGCCUGGGCAAGUUUCACUGGAGAAAGACUUGAUUCUUCCUUAUGUUCCUAAUGUUGAUUUAUGUGAUGGAAAAUGCUUGUCGGAAAGUGCACCGAUGAGGACCACACUUCUCUUUUUCAGAGGACGGCUUAAGAGGAAUGCUGGAGGUAAAAUACGUGCGAAGCUUGGUGCAGAAUUAAGUAGUGUCAAGGAUGUAAUCAUCACUGAGGGUACUGCCGGAGAGGGAGGGAAAUUGGCAGCUCAGGAAGGCAUGCGUAGAUCUUUAUUCUGUUUGUGUCCUGCUGGUGACACACCAUCCUCGGCGAGACUGUUUGAUGCCAUUGUUAGUGGCUGUAUACCUGUUAUAGUCAGUGACGAGUUGGAACUUCCUUUUGAAGGAAUACUUGAUUACAACAAGGUUGCUGUGAUUUUUUCUUCUAGUGAUGCAAUACAACCAGGGUGGCUUGUCAAUCAUCUGAGAAGCCUUAAGCCCUCCCAAGUCAAGGAAUACCAGAAUAGUCUUGCUCAAUACUCGCGGCAUUUCAUAUAUUCAAGCCCUGCUCAGCCUUUAGGUCCAGAGGAUUUGACAUGGAGAAUGAUAGCAGGAAAGCUGGUGAACAUCAAGCUUCACACGAAGAGGUCACGACGGGUGGUGAAAGGAUCUAGGAGUAUUUGCAGAUGCGAUUGCUGGAGACCAAACUCUACAGCCUCUAGUUCUUUGAAUCAUCUCUUGGCUUAAGAACAUCGACCACUCCAUCUCCAAUUUUCAUGUCUGGAAAUUCCCCUGGAUAUGUAUGCUUUGAAAUUCUUGUUCUAUAUAAUGAAUCUCACCAUUGAUUUAAUGUCUGAAAUGCAGCUUCAAAAUCGAGCAACAUACUAAUUGAAAAUCAAGUAACAUGAACAAAACAAAAAAUCAUAUCCGAUCCAUGCUGACGUGUUCCAGAGAUGGUUUGUGUUGUUAUCAGGUCGUUUUUACGGAUAACGUGGAUAUUCAUUUUAAACUUAAAAGAAAUCAUAUAGCUGAGCAUUACGUGUGUGUUAUGUUUUUGAC